AUGGAAAGAUUAUUGAAAAUUAAAGACUCAAUAAUAUUGUAUCUUAACAACUACGAGCAACUUUCCAUAACUCUCGAUGAUUGGAAAAUAAUGGAAAAAUGUGUAAACAUCUUAAAACCUUUUGAGGAGGUUACUCGAGAACUUAGCAGUUCAACUAUUUCGAUUUCGUCGGUUAUACCAUUAAUACACAUUCUCACAUCUAAAUUAAAUAAAGAAAAAUCAUUGGAAAGCGGUCCACCUUAUGUAGCCAAAAUAAUUGAAACGCUUAUGUAUGAGCUGAAUUUCAGAUUUUCUGAUUUAAGACAAACACCAAUAUUUUCAAUAUCAACAUAUUUGGAUCCAAGAUACAAACUAAAGUUUUUUGGCGAGGAUGAUAAAAAUAAGAUUCGCUCUGAACUUGUAAAAUUAAUACAUCAAAAUUAUUCCGAUGUUGAAGUGUGCAAUUCUUCAACAAAAAUAACAGAGAAAACUACUUUAAUAGCUAAUGACAACGACGCAGGUCCCCAUAACGCUUCAUCACAAAUACAAGCUGAUAUAGAAAUGUUUUUAAAUGAAGACAGCAGUGAUAUUGAAUACGAAGUGGAUGAAAUAUUAACAGUUUCUGAAAUAAACGAGAUAUUAAAAGAAUAUGAUAAGGAACGAAAAGUUCACAUUUCCCAAGACCCACUACUAUGGUGGAAAAAAAACUGUUUAAAAUAUAAAAUUUUAGUUCCGGUAGUACGUCAGUUUCUAUCCACUCCCCCCGGAAGUGUUCCUAGUGAACAAUUAUUUAGUGGAGCUGGGUAA